UCCAGCCAGUUUCUCAGAGCAACUGUAGGAAUCACACCAGCUUGUCUACCACCAUGAAGGGGUCCUUCUUGAACACCAUCCUUGUUCUGAGCAUCUCUGCAUGGGCUACCUUUGCAGUUGACUUCCCUCUUCCUGCGGGCAAAGGGGCUCACCUAGAAGCAACAAAGGUUGAGUGCAUCAAGAAUAUAAAUCAGUGCUGGUUUUUCUCCUACAUCAAGCCAAGUGAACCCAUAUGUGGCAGUGACCAGGUUACUUAUAAUGGUGAAUGUCAUCUCUGCUUCAAAAUUCUAUAUGAAGGGCUUAACACAACUAAACUGUAUGAUGGACCAUGUGAAAACCCCUGAACUUACCGUGAAGAAUUAUAGAACUUGCUGAAUUCCAAGAUAAUCAAGUGAAACACAAUUGUUGCUUCUGCAAGAAUAUCCCCUUUAGAGGAGAAUGCUGGUGCUGGAGGAAACCAACAGUUUGGAUCAAACUCAUUGAUUUGCUUCUUGAGUAAAUGAUUCUCAGCAGAAA